CGGAUAUGCCGUGUUAUAUAUUUCAGCGUAGUUUCACUGGUGAGAAAACAGACCCUGAAGUUGCGUUAUACGAGCGGACUGACAGGGAUGUGCUCGGUAAAAAAUCAAAUAUUCUCUCACCAUAUUCCUUCUAACUGAUAACAACCGGACGGUGUGUCGCUUCGUAAGCCGUAGCAGGGUGGACGGGCUCAUUUUGCUGACGACUUCAUACUUUUUGGAGGCCUGGGGAAAGACCCAGUUAAGCUAACGAUAAAUAGCCACCAUGUCGUGGGAAGAAAUGCCUUGUUUUCUGGCCUCGCCUCUGCGCCUCUCGCCUGCUCUCUGAUCCCAGUGGACAACAAAACAGGUCGAGGUAACUUCGCACUCGGCUGUCAAUGCAGCUUAGAGUUAGCAUUAUAAAUUAGUCAACACCAGUGGUUUAACUCAGGCUUGUUAGCCGAGCCAUGGCGGACAGCUUUGGAGAGGAGUCCAGCGGCGGUGCCCUUGGCUCAGGCGUUACCGGACAGGGCGGCGGAGCUCCGCUGCUGCCUACUUUGGCCAACUCUCUGCCGGGUGGACACUCGGUAGCCAGCGGUGCUCACUCCAGCUCAAAUCCGGCCUCCCCUCCUCCCGCUGCGGCUGCGCAUAGUGGCCUAACUGCUGUGGUGGCCCCUAUAUCCGCUGUCACUGCUACCCCAGCCGGGUUUGGGAACACAUUCACCCCCGGCUCCUCGCCACCUGUCGUGGCCGUAUCUCCGACCGUACACGCCUCCUCGCCUCUCCCCGGUGUUGGGUUAGGGGUCGGCGGGGUGGCAGGAGCAGGCCUCCUGUCCCAAAUCCACGCCACUUCCUGGGACCCAACCCUCAGUACGGACUGGGACAACGAGAAGGCUUCCCAGCAGUGCAUCCUGAGGAUAAAGAGGGAUAUCAUGUCCAUCUACAAAGAGCCUCCACCAGGCAUGUUUGUCGUCCCUGAUCCUCAAGACAUGACCAAGAUCCAUGCUCUGAUCACAGGGCCGUUUGAUACACCGUAUGAGGGUGGAUUCUUCCUCUUCCUGUUCCGCUGCCCCCCCGACUACCCCAUCCAUCCACCACGGGUCAAGCUCAUCACCACUGGACACAACACUGUCCGCUUCAACCCCAACUUUUACCGCAACGGCAAGGUCUGCCUCAGCAUCCUUGGGACAUGGACAGGCCCAGCAUGGAGUCCAGCCCAGAGUAUCUCAUCUGUCCUCAUCUCCAUCCAGUCUCUGAUGACAGAGAACCCCUAUCACAAUGAACCUGGCUUUGAGCAGGAGCGCCACCCAGGGGACAGUAAGAACUACAAUGAGUGUAUCCGCCACGAAACCAUGAGGGUGGCUGUGUGUGACAUGCUGGAGGGCAAAGUUCCUUGUCCUGAAGCUUUGUGGAGUGUGAUGGAAAAGUCCUUCCUCGAAUAUUAUGAUUUCUACGAGGGGGUCUGCAAAGAGAGACUGCAUCUGCAGGGACAGAACAUGCAGGACCCAUUUGGCGAAAAGCGUGGUCGUUUCGACUACCAAGGCCUGCUGGCUCGCCUCAGCGCUACUCACAGGCGAAUACGUGAGAAAAGCCUGGCGGAGGACAACCACAACGAUGAUGAUUCAGACUCAGACACCAGCUCCUCGGGGACGGACCCUGACAGCCAGGGCAGCUCCCAGCCCUGACUCCCUGCACGGUGCUGGACUCAAAACCAGGCCAAGAACUAAAGACAAAGGGACCUUUUUUGUUUUGUUUGCAGUGGAGGAACAAAAUCACAGAAGAGAAUGUGAUGCCUAUGUUUCAGGGUUAAAGAUUGGAUACUAGCUUCUGUUGUAUGGAUGUUGCAGAGAGAGAUUGAAAAGAUGGUAGUGCUCUCUUGACAAUGACCAUACUGCAUUGAAAAUGAACACCAUCCGCUAGUCAAAUGCUGGCAAAUUUGGCCUGUAGCGGUUUAUUUGUGCUACUUUUGUAGCUAACCAGCUAUCAUUUUGAUGUCCUCUGUGAUUCUAAAACUGGAGGCGGCUGUCCAGAUGCCUGAUAGAUUUUGACAUCAACCAGCCAUUUUUGCUUGAGGAUCUAAAAGGUUAGUUUCAUAGCUUGAACCCUCAAAUGCACUGUAGGAAUGGACACAAGCACAUGAGGCAAAAUUCUAAGGCAGUCAUUCCACUUUGACCCACAAACCCAAACAGAAAUCUAGUCUUUACAGCUCUAUAAAACAUUUUUUAUACCCUUUCCUCAUGGAAAGACUAUCGGGUGGAGAUCUGCUGACUUUGGCUCUUAAGUCAAGGCAGGCUUGGACCGGAUGAAUGGACCUUUUGCAGGGAGAGUCAGGGCUGAGUUGGCUGAACCAGUGGAAGAUGAUGGUGUUCAUCAAAGCAGCACUCUGCAGGCUCUCCUUCAAAGUAGCCUGGUCUUCAUUGAGUUGAGGAGGGGAAGUAACAAAAGACAAGCACUUUUGUAAUGGACCUUUUACAGCAGAAGGUGGUUAGAGAAAGUGAUAAUUAUCAGAGGCUUUGCAAGUCAUGUGCCUUGUCUCCUCUGGCAGAGGUAAAGCCACGCCACGGCUCUUUCAGACUGGAUCUCAGCUGCCUCCACACCCGGGCCGCAUAAAACAUCAGCAGCUCUAAAUACAAUGAUUCAUGUGUAUUAUAAAAAAGUUCUGCUUAGCUUUCAGUUCCAAUAGUGCUGUUAAAUUCACAGUAAAUCUGUUUACCAGAUAAGAAGCCGUUAGGAAAAUGUCAGUUUCAUUGACAUCCAACCUUUAUACUCUUUUUGUUCUGCUGUUUUCUCUUUGUUUUGCUGAAAGGAAUGCUAAUUCUCAGUGCGUAGGGUGCUUUGUUUAUUUCACUUGUUCUUUAGGUUGUUGGCUCAUGUGAUUAACCAAUCAAGACACAAAUCAAACCAUCCUGUGCUCUAGUUAGAUCCACCUGGACUAAUGGAGGCAAGACAAGAGGAAAUUUCUACGUAACUGUCCAUGUGUUCACACUGCAGGUACGUUAACUCUGUCACUCUAUACUGCUGAAGGAGGGAAAAACCAAAGGCUUUGAUUACAUCAAUACAGAAGUACACUGAAGGCAAAUCAAGCCUUUUAGCUGCCUUGGUUGUAGUUUAUACAUAAUUUAACACUUUUUUGAAAAUAAACAUAAACCCCAACUGAUAGCAGUCAUUUCAAAUGCAUGCUUUUCACCACUGUGUCAGGCUUAACACAGAUUUGGAUUAAGUGGGAAUCAGGCACUUAAUAGCCAACCUUUCUCAGCUGACACUUUAUUUUUGUCCAUGCAUGUGUGGCCAAGUUUCCCAACACGGCAUAGGAAAUGAACGCCAAACCUGUUUACAGAGUUGCUUGCAGUCUGAACACAGUCAGGGGUGUUCUCUAGACUUACCAAGGGACUUGCAUGAAAAGAAGACAAGGAAGCAGAGUUUGCAUCGGAUAAAUUCAGAUUUUUUUAAGUCCAUCUUAACACAAUACUUACAUGGAAAGAGUUGUUGGUUGCUGUAAUCAUUUCUCUCGUCUAUACUGGCUGUGAAGUGAUACUUUGUGUCAAAAUCCAUUCUAGAGUUCAGCUGAAGCUAAUAUGAGUUGGCUGAAUUGAGCAGGUUUCUUCAGCGUGGUAUCUUGUGUAGGUUUAUUACCUGUAGUUUGUCCCAGCAACCAACCAAUGAGAAUACCAGGAUGCAUCCUUUCACCACAGCUCAGCAAGUAAACAUAAAGACUAAAGGUUGCUUUGGCUGAUUCAGACUGCUGUUCAGCUGAACAGUGGAAUGAGGACUGUAGAUUUUAUCUUAUGUCUUACUGUGUAGUCAUGUUAGGAAGGUAUCACUGCAUGGCCAGUAGGGAGAAUAGGAAUGAUUACAGUGUCUAGUAACUCUUAAAGUUUAAAACGUGAGUAUUGUAUUGAGAUGGACUUGCGAAAAGCAGAAUCCAUCUAUAAAUUCAAAUAUAGACCUUUUUCCCGAAGCUUUUCAACAUAGCAAGAAGAGGUCCAACAAAGAAAUGGCUGUUGGUUGUUUGUGUUUAUUUUAUGUCCCAUCUGCCUCCCAUUGUCCUCCAGUGUCUGCCUUUAGCUCUCUACAGCCAUGUUGAUGUUAAGAAGAGCAGUUUGCCUCUGACCUCUGGUCAGGUUAGACUCACUCUGCUGAUGGUUAAAAUGGGAUUACUAAUAUAGGGCAUUCCUUUUUAUUUGUUUUAUUAUGUUAUAGAAUGGUUAUGAAAAGCAGCUCCUAGCAGAAUAUAUGUGAUUGCCAAAAUGUUGAUUGCAACAUGCUUCCUGAAGUGGAAGUAAAGAGAUCAUAUCCCUGUUUGGUUGUGUUGUGUUGUGCUUAAAGCAGGAUUCUUCUGUGGCUCUAUAACGCCUGGAUUACUGACAAAAGUGAUCGUUUCCAGGUCUUGAAAAUGUUGGUAUUGUACAGAAGUUCUGGAAAAGUACAGAAUAAAAUGUUGUUCAGUCCUGA